AAGAUUUAUCUCGUAUCACUGAGAGUAUCGUAACCGCCCACUUUCCCUUUGGAAAAUCUAUAAAUUCGGAGCCACAGCUCAAUGUAGCAUCAGUAUCUGUGGAUUUCAUUCCGCAUAUAGUUAAAAUUGUUCUUUUUGUGCUCUCGGAAAUCGGGAAUCAAUCAAACACCCUGUGCAUAUAUGUACAUAUACUCCUAUCCACAUCUGUGAGGUUUUAUACUGAAAAUGAGUGAAUAUGCGUUCUAAUACGCUGAAUUUAUUGUUUGUUCUGGUGUUGUGCGUGUUUCUGCUGGAGCUGGAAGCGUCUUCAGAUGAACGGGCAGAGCGGGCAGUGAUCACAAGGCAGCAAAACGGCAAUCUGCUCCUGGAGGCGGCACCAGAUCAGAAUGUUACCUUUCGACUUAUGGGCGAGCAGGCCACGGUGAUGAUCAAUGAUGUGGAUAUACUCACGCUUCUCCGGCGACGCCUACAAGUGGUCACCGCUCGCCAGGUUGCGGCCAGACGUGAGCCGCUGUCGCUGGACGUGCAGAAGGACCAGUUCCGUGUGGUACAGCGAAGUCUCACUCGGUUGGAAAAGCGGUUCUUCAACAUGCGGAACAAUACGCGGCGUGGCGGACUUAACCAGCGGGUCCUGCGACGGCAGCUCCAGCGGGUAGAGCGUGUCUCGACCACUCUGGCGAGAAUACUAGUGUUUCUGGCCAAGGACGAGUGCCUGUCGAGCCCAUGCCAGAACGGAGGUACCUGCUACGACGAAUACAGGGCCUUUCAAUGUGAUUGUGCUGCUGGCUGGCAAGGCCCCACUUGCGAGGACGAUGUGAACGAGUGCUUCGAUUUGGCCGGCACCGAUCUGGCUGCCUGCAUGAACAGCGGCCGAUGCAUAAACACGCCUGGGAGUUUCCGUUGCGUUUGCCGCAAUGGAUACACUGGCACCCAUUGCCGACUGCGCCAAAAUAAAUGCCUGGCCGGCGACUCGAGCGAAAUGUGCGGAGAACAUGGAACGUGCGUCCACUCCGUCAGCACCCCCGCCGGCUACGUCUGUGUCUGUGACCAGGGCUGGACGUGGGCCGACAACAAUGCCACUACAGCCAGCGCUAGCCCCUGCACCCGGGACGUGGAUGAAUGCGUGCCCAGCAUGAAUCCCUGCCACAACGAGUGCAUCAAUCUGCCAGGCAGCUAUCGAUGUGGCGCCUGCCCGCCUGGCUACACCGGAGACGGCCGGCUCUGCCGCGACAUAGACGAGUGCACCGUGGCAAACGGAGGCUGCAGCCUGCGACCGCGAGUGACUUGCAUCAAUACCGAGGGCUCGCAUCUGUGUGGUCGUUGUCCAGUGGGCUGGACCGGCGACGGACGCAGCUGCACCGCUGCCGAGUCGAACUCCUGUGAUGGCGAACGAAUAUGCCAUUCCGAGGCGACAUGCGAGUACAUCUCUGGGACGGUCGUCUGCACCUGUCCACUGGGCAGCUACGGGCACGGAUACGGCGAGGACGGGUGUACCAAAGACCCCAGCCGCGACACAUGCGACCAGCAUCUGUGCCAGAAUAACGCCACCUGCAUCCACAUAGGACGCGGAAGCACAUGCAUUUGCCAGCCCGGAUACAAAGGAGUCUUGUGCAACGAUACGGAUUCAGAUGGCUGCCACCCCAGUCCUUGUCUGAAUGGCGGCACCUGUCGUCUUUUACCCAGCAACCAAUAUCAGUGCAACUGUCCCGCCGGCUACACUGGUACGCGUUGCUCCAACCAGCGCUUUUUCUGCGGAUCCACUCUUCGAGGACCCACGGGUCAGCUUCACUUUCCACCCAACACCGUUGACGGUGACUACCAGCCCGACGAGCGGUGUCCCUUCAUCAUUCGCACCCCGCCAGGACAUGUGCUCAACGUGACGUUCACCCAAUUCGAUUUGCAGGAAAGCAACGACUGUGCCGCCGACUUCCUGCAGCUGCACGACGGGCCAUCGCUGGCCUACAAGCUCUUUGGUAGAUUCUGCGGCACCCAACUGGUCAACCGGAGCAUUAUCUCCACCCAGGAGCAGGUCUUCUUCUGGUUCCGCUCCGACAAUGGCACUCAAGGGAGCGGCUUUCACCUUACCUGGAGCUCCCUACCCUUCUCCUGUGGCGACACGUUGGCCAACCUAACAUUAGGCCAGAGUGGCAUACUGCGAUCGCCUGGCUAUCCUGGCAGGACGCGUUCCGGCCUCGACUGUCGCUGGCAGCUGACAGCCCCCUACGGCACUCGACUGGUGCUGCGGUUCUACGACAUCACGCUGGAAAGCGGCGGAGGAUCCGCUGCCACUGUCAACUGUAGUCAGGGACUGAACAGUAGUUACCUGGCCGUAUACGACUCGGAUCGACAACUGCUGAAGAGCUGCGUGUCAGCACAGCCGGAACCGCUGUACAGCUCAUCCAACAGCCUGCAGAUCGAUCUGCACACGGCUUCGGUGCGUGCCGAUAGCUCCUUCCAGCUGCACUACGAGGUGGUGGCCGGCCAGCCGGGCUGCGGUGGAAGCUACAUGGAGUCGCACGGCCGCAUCAGUGGCCACAUGGAUGCGGAGGUUUGCCUCUACCUAAUCGAGCAGCCAAGGGGGACACAAAUAAAGCUGGAAUUCGAGCACGUUAACCUGCUGCGGUCCGGGGAUUGUCGACUGCAGAAGAUCGAGAUAUUCAACGGACGCACCGAUGAGUCACCCCUGAUGCGUCGCCUCUGCGGACAGCCCGAGGGAAGCGAAAUGGAGCCGCUGAUAUCCAGCGGUAAUUUCGUUCUCGUGCGCUAUGAGUAUGCCCUAAACGGGUUGAGGCUGAAGAAGAGCUUCGAGCUGAGCUACAGCAGAGUGUGCAGUGGAAGUUUCGGUGGCAUGGCGGGCACCAUCAAAACGCCAAACUAUCCGCAGUCCUAUUUGGACGAUAUGACCUGCACAUUCAAGCUGGUCGGGCCACUGGACAGUCUGGUGAAGCUUACCAUCAAAGACCUGUCGCUAGGUGCCGACUCGAAUGCCAUUGACGAUGGCAAUCAAACCAAUUAUUUAGACGUUUAUCUGUCAAGCGAUGAGAAGCGCCGUAUAUACAAGACGGGGGGAAACCUCGUGCUGAUGGCACAUACCAACCAGGCGACUCUCGUCUUCCGUGGAUCCAGCAGUGGCCGUGGCCUGCUUGUGGACUACAGCUUUCCAUAUACGGGCUGCGGUGGUUAUCUGACCCAAACUGGCACGAAGAGUAUAUUGAAGCGGGUCACAGGAGGCUUCUGUCAGUGGAUCAUUGAUGUGCCGGGCAGGAAAGAAAUCAAAGUAAACCAGAUGAUUAUGCAUGGCCAAUUCUUCGUAUAUGACAAUAGCACCAGUCCUGGAUUGCUUUUAAACAGCUAUGAAUCCGAUUUUGAGGAAUACUUCGAUGCAGACCUUCUGACAUUAAUCGUCAGAGAUAUCAGCUCCCUUUCAUUAUUGCACAUCUUUUACAGACAGGUGGAAAGUGAUUGCACAGUAAGUUCCAGUCAACGCUACGGCAUAAUCAAGUCACCGAACUGGCCGCGACCCUAUGGCGCAUCGCAAACCUGCGAGUGGAUCAUUCGAGCACCGCUCGGCCAGCGCCUGGAGCUGGUUGUCUCGAACUUCAGUCUGGAGGCUAUGGGGAACGAGUGCUACAGCGACUACCUGGAGAUUAGGAAUGGGGACUCGGCCAAGUCUCCGCUGAUUGGCAGAUACUGCGGCACUCGGAUACCCCCCCGGGUGCCCUCGUUUGGCAACGCGCUGUUUUUGAGCUUCGUCUCUGACAGCAGCGUGGAGGAGAGUGGAUUCCUACUCAACUGGCAGCAGGCCGGCGAAGGAUGUGGCGGCAAACUCAGCUCCCCCGUGGGGUCCAUACACUCGCCGCAUUCGAUGGCAGGAAACCGUGGCGCCCUGGCUUGUGACUGGCAGAUCAUUUUGGCCGAGGGCUCGCGGGUGACCCUGCAGAUCGAGAGUCAAGACGAGAACCUCUGCAGCGGUCAUCUAACUAUUUUUGAUGGACCCACCACGAGCAGUUGUGCACUGCCGCUGCGGUGCAACGAAACAAGCAGCCACUCCAGUAUUGUCCUCCACUCCAGCAGUAAUCGCGUUCUCGUGCGGUACGACGUGGGCCACGACUCGCCCGACGGCACCAGUUUUGUGCUGGACUAUGCCACGAACUGCAGGGUGCGGCUAGAGAAUCUCCAGGGGGCCGUGGAAACGCCGAACUUCCCGGAGAACUAUCCGCCCGACACGUCCUGUGAGUGGGACAUAAGCGCCGGCGGUGGAAGGAAUCACAUUCAUCUGGUCUUCUCGCAUCUGUCCGUGGAGCAAUACGUGCCCGGGAUCUGUGACUUUGACUAUGUAAUGCUCAGUGACAUGAAGGACGACCAGCUGCUGGAGGAUCGGCGACUCUGCAGCAACGAAGGAGUGGCCCCUCUCACCAGUAAGGGCAAUCGGCUGCUGCUCAAAUUUAGCAGCGACGCCACGCUGCAGGCCAAGGGCUUUCGAGCCGAGUACAAGCGGAUCGGUUGCGGCGAACACCUCCAGGAAAUGGGCGGCCACUUUGAGUCGCCCAACGCCCCAUUCAGCGUAGAUGUGGACUGCGAUUGGGUCAUCAGUGCACCGGAGGGCAAGCAAAUACGGCUGGUGCUGCAGGAGCUGUAUAUCAAUCCGCCCCAGCGAGAAUGCAGCGACGAUGUGCUGUCAGUCUCCGCGCCGGGUGGGCACGUCCUCUACCGCAGCUGUCAGGUGGAGACCUCCUCGCAGACAUUCACCUCGCCAGGCAACGAGCUGCACGUGCACUUCCACAGCAGCCCAACGGUGGCAAGGAAGUAUUUCAGGGCCACGUAUGCCCAAGUGCCAGCCAACUGCGGCGGUUACGUGCGUGCCAGCAGUGGGGUCAUUGCCACGCCCGGUUUCCAUUAUGCCACCUCGAUAGAGGCAGGCCGCGGUCCUCUCAACUACUCCUCGAAUGUGGAGUGCCUUUGGGUAGUGGAGGUUUCGGAAAGCUAUGGCAUCCGGUUGUGGUUCGAGCGGUUCAACCUCACCAAUUCGGCCAAUUGCUCGGGCACCUUUGUAGAACUGACCAAGCUGGAUGCGGACAACACCGAGCACUUCCUGGAGCGGGGCUGUGGCGAGGAGCAGCCGCUGAUUCGCCUGGUUCACGGUCAGCGAAUGCGGGUGCUGUUCAAGGCGCCGGCUGGGAGCUGGGGCAGCUUUGCCCUCCACUUUGAGCGGCAAUGCGGUGGCGCGCUGUCGGCCGGCGAGGGCUACUUGAGGUCGCGCCUGGACGAGGACUGCAGCUGGCUGGUGGUGGCGCCGGAGGGCAGCAAGCUGAGCCUGAACAUCAACCAGCUGGAGUGUCCCGGAUGUGCCUCGAAAACUGCAGCGGAGAACUGCACGGCAGAGGUGGGACUGCAGCUGCUGAACGACGAUGACCAGGUGGUGCUUUACAGCCUGUGCAGCGAGCAUCCGGCGAAUCUGGUAGUGCCCGCCAGCAAUGUCCGUAUCCUGGCCAAAGGCAUCGCUCUGGCGGCGCAGUUCAGUAGCCUGGAAAACACAUGCGGCGGCAACAUCAGCCUGAGCUCGGCCCGCGGCAGCCUCAGCUCUCCCAACUAUCCGGAUAGCUACCCGGCGAACGUGGAGUGCCUGUGGCGCGUCGGCGUGAAUGCCGGCAACUCCCUGGCGGUCACAUUCGAUGCUUUGAACAUUGUGCCUUCCGAGCACUGCAACGAGGACUUUCUUGAGAUGCGUUCAGGCGUGGACGAACGCCUGCUGGGACUCUACUGCGACCGAAAGAUGCCCGAGCAGCCGCUGGUAAUCCGCUCGCAACUGUGGCUCAAAUUCCGAAGCAUGCCCGGCAACAGUGCCGACGGCUUCAAGCUGCACUGGAGCUACGUGCACGACAACGAAAUAACGUCAGAGACGAAUGGAACGAUCGAGUCGCCGCCCAUCUUUUCAGUUCGCGCAGUCGAGCAGGCCUUCAGUUGGCGCAUUUUUGUGGAGCGCGAAAUGGUUGUGGCCCUGAACUUUGAGGAGUACAUAUCCGGCCUCCAGCUGUUCGAUGGCUACGAUGACACUGCCCUGGAGAUCGCCAUUGAAUCCUCGCCCUGGCAGUUCACCUCGAGCAGCAAUGUCCUCUAUUUGAGGACCCUUAACACGGAUUUCAAUGCGUUCCGCUUGAAGUGGAGCGUGGUCAGUAGUGCCCUGGUUAAGGGCAACAGAACCGUGCAGAACGAUGAGUGCAACAAGGAGUUUACGGUGUCCGCCAGUGCGCGUUUGAUGGUGAACUCCCCCGGCUAUCCGAAGGGCUAUGCCCCGAACCUGUACUGCCAGUGGACCUUCAGGCCCGAAGAUUCCGCCCAGCAUGUUUACACGGACCUCUAUGAGGCCGAUCUGGAGGUCUUUCCCAAUUGCUUUGCCGACUACCUGAACAUCCAGAGCUCCAGGGAUAUGAACCAAUGGACGAAUGAUCUGCGCAUCUGCAAUGGCAGCAAGGGUGGACCACUCAUCCAGCGAUUGCACGGCACUCCCCAUCUGAGGCUGCAGUUUAAGAGCGAUGUCUCCAUCAACGGACGAGGCUUCAGGGCCAUUGUGCGUGCGACAUGUGGCUCCAAUAUGACGGCUCCUGUGGCCACCAUCUUAGACACGCAAAUGAGAGCCGGACUGGCCAUGGGCAGCAAUUGCGAGUGGCACAUCGAAGUGCGACCGGGCCGAAAGAUAGAGAUCAGCAUAGCCUAUGCCCGCUCAGCCGUCAAUGUCCCAUGCCCCGUUUACGGACUCAUCUACGAUGGUCUGGACGACAGGUCGCCCCUGUUUCAAAGCGGAAAGUUCUGCAACCAGAUAGGCUUUAACAAGGACUCGUAUCGCACAAGCGGCUCCCAUGCGUACAUCAAGUACGUGCUGCCCCCGCGGUCCGUGAAUCCGGCGCACAACUACUGGAACAUCACCUACCGGGAGUACAGCGAGUGCGACGGCGAGAUCCAGCUGACCCAGCUGGCCAGCACGUACAGCAUUACGACGCCUGGGUAUCCCUACUUGCCGCAUCCCCAUACGGAAUGCACCUGGUUGGUGGUGGCGCCGCCAGGCGAGGUCAUUUCAGCCACCUUCGACGACCGAUUCGAUCUGAGUCUGCGCCAAUGCGAGAAGGAGACCGUGGAGCUCUUCGAUGGCUCCACCACACUAGCGCGCCAACUCCUGCACACCUGCCGACGGCCUCCAAAGACGCUGCGCAGCUCAGGCAGUCUUCUUCUGGUGCACUACCAGACGCAACUGGACGAGCCGCACGGCGGCUUUCGGCUGAACGUCUCACUGAGUGCCUGUGGCGGUCUGCACACUAGUGCGAUGGGAUUCAUCAGCUCCGAGAACUAUCCGGCCCUGGGGGGCUACCCGAGGCCGGCCGUCUGCGAGUACAGCAUCAAGCUGCCGCGGGGCUCGUAUAUCCGCCUCAACAUCAGCGAUCUGCACGUGCCGUACAGCCCACAGCAGGGACAGACCAGUAACAGCAGCGAUCGACUGGAAUUCGUGGACCUGGCCGAUGCGAUCAGCGGACAGCAGACCCCUCUGAUGGUACUGGACGGCAGCGAAAGCUACCCAUUGGACGUGACCCUCAACAGUAACAAGGUGGGCAUCCGCUUCGUGGCGGUCUCGAAUGUGAACAGCUAUCGCGGAUUCAAGAUUCGAUACGAGCGGAUAACCGGCACGUGCUCCCGCGAGGUGAAUGCUGCCUCUGGCACCCUCGAGAUUCCAGCCAAUGUGCAAUCCUCCUGGCUGAGACUCUGCCGCUGGAAAAUCACUGUGCCCAAGGGCCAGAGCGUGCGCCUACAGUUCCUCAAUCUAGCCGAUAUGCGUGCUGUCGCUCGUAAUAAUACCAGAAGCGGAAGGAGGAGUGAGAUUCAACCGCAGUUUUCGUUCUACAACGAUUUCAACCAGCUGUCAAAGAUCACCGACUUCCGGAUCGAUGCAUACAACGGCAGCGGCAUCAUCGAGUCCAGCGACAACGUUAUGCUGGUCAGCAUCAUCACUACCCAACUGGACCUCACCACCAUACCGUUGCGUGCCCGCUACAGCUCCAGCGAACCGUCACAGUGCCCGCCAGACAUUGGAGACCAGGCGGCCGGAUCGCUGUCCAUCAAAAGUCUCAGCCAGCUGCCUGUCUACUAUUGCACCAUCAACUAUGUGGGGCUCAGCGGAACCACACUCACCUUCAAAGUGGGAGAGUAUGUGUACUGGAGCGGGGUCGGUCCCUCGGUGGUCUUCAGAGACGAAGGCUUCCGCUUUGUCAAUUACUUGUCCACGAAUCUCACUAAUAGCUAUAUCUCAAUGCCUUCCACGCCCGGACGGAUCACCCUGAACCAGGGAAAAAAUGUCAAACUGAAGCAAUUUCGGGCCACCUAUCGCCGUCACAACUGCGGCGGUCAAAUGCUUGUGGCCGAGGGCCUUGCCAUAGAGCCACCGCAGCUGAUGGCAACCGUCGGAGAGGAUUAUGGGCCGCUGGAGUGCGUGUUCUCGCUGGGUGCUGGCAGGGGCUAUGUGCUUGAGGGAAACCUGAGCCUCAGCGACAGCUGCGACCGCGAGUACAUUGUUAUCUAUGCGGGUCCCGCACUGGUGGCCCGCCUCUGCCGCGGCAUGACGAUGAACAGCACGCGUCUGGGCAAGUCUCAUUCGAAGGUGAUUUACCAUACAGAAGAGCACCGGCCUGGCCGCAGUUGGUUCCGGCUGCAGCCCAGGCGGUCAGAAGGCCCCUUGGCAGGUAAUGUGAUUCGCGUCGACCAGAGAACUACUGCGCCCAUAUCGAUCAAUGGGACGGACUACAAGAACAACAUGGAGCUGAUCUGGGAGUUUACUACCAAUGCGGGACUCUCCCUCUCGCUGCAGUUCCAAGGGCGCUUCUUCAUUGAAACGUCCCCGAACUGCAGCAAUGACCGGCUGAGUGUGCAGCAGAGCCAAGACCGGCAGGAGCCUGCGGGAGGUUGGUCUGAGGUGGCCAGCCUAUGCGGCCGACAGUUUCCGCCACCGCUGCAUGUGGAGGCGUCCCGAAUGCGAGUGGUCUUCCAGACCAAUAACAACAUCACCGGAGACGGCUUCAGCUUCACCGUCUCCCCCAGCUGCGACGUUACGCUGCGAGCCACCGCGGAGCUGCAGACUCAGCGCUGGGACUGGCAGGCAUUCCGCAAUAUGCUCAACUGCAGCUACGUGAUCCUCACUGAAACCCAGGAGCAGCUGGUGGUCAGCAUCAAAAGUGUGGGCCGCCCUUGGCCCGCCUUUGCCUGCACCAGGUCCUUCUUUAAGGCCUACCGCCAAAGCUCGAGCUCGAGCUCGAGCUCCGGCUCUGAGGAAGUGGAAGAGGAGCUGACGGAGAAGUUCUGCCCGGACUUUGAAGUAAAUGGCUACAAGAGGCUCCGUCUACAGUACAUGUCGCCCACAUCGCGACAAUUUAAGCUGCAGUACCAGAUUCUCGGCUGCGGUGGGAACUACAGCGCGAACUUCUCCUUGCGCCCGCCGCAGCACGACGAGGAUGUGAGGUCGUAUGCCCACAAUAUGCACUGCGAAUGGCGCGUAACGGCACCGCCCCAGCACGCCAUCGUUCUGGAGUUCAAGUACUUUGACCUGGAGGAGAGCCGGAACUGUCGAUACGAUUACCUGGCGGUCUACAAGGGCAGCAUGGUGCCGAACAUUGAGCAGCGCGUGGCCCGUCUGUGCGGCAACUUGACCACUCAGCCGCCCACCAUUAUGGUGGACAGCAACCAGGCGCUAAUUGUGUCCCACUCGGAUUCAUCGAACAGCUUUCGGGGCUUCCUGGCCAGUGUGCGCUUCGUCCCCAACUGCAAUGAGCGCAUCGCUCUGGACGAUGAUCUCCCGCGGAUGAGCCUCGUGCGAAACUACAAGAUGAAUGCCUUUGAACAGCUGUUGUGCAUCUUCAAGGCCAGCGCCACGCCUGGACAUCGGCUGUCCGUACAGCUGAGACAGUUGCAGCCGUUUGGAUCCUAUCGGGGAUACCUAGAGAUUGUUGACAGCGACGCCGCAGAGAGCCAAAGCCUCGGCAAGUACUAUGACCUGUCCGGCAAUCGUACAAAGCUCUUCAGCUCCUAUUCAGAUCUGGCGAUCAGGCUGAGUGGCACUUCCACCUUGGCGAGAAACGUGAGCUUCGAAUUGAUUCUGCAAAUGGAACGCACAAUCUGCGGAGAGACCGAAUAUCAACUGCGUUCGAACGAGAGCAUCAAACUGGGAAUCCAAGGAGACAACGGCACGAGGAACUAUGAGGGAAGCGUGCACUGCUCUUGGUCGAUUCGAUCAACGGUGGAGGCGGAGAUCGAGAUCCGGUGGGUCAAUCUACGGGAUGUGUCCCAGGUGACGGGAAAAUGCCUGGACUACUUGCGUUUAUCCGAAUCGUGGCUACAGUCGCCGCAGUACUUUUGCGGUCAGUUCAACAAUACCCUCAAGAGGUUGUCGUCUGCCGAGAACUUGAAUUUCCAACUAACAUUCCAUUCCGAAGAACUGACAGACUCCACUGGGUUUGAGUUGGUAAUCAGGCAGAAUACACCUUGUAGUCGCAACUACACGGAGCUGAGCCAAUCCAUUGAAGACAGCGCUCUGACCAACUGCACCGUGGACAUUCGAGUGCCCGAGGGCUACAGUGUGACUCUGAACCUCCUGUUUGUGUUGUUCGACAUGGAGUCUGGUAUGAAGUACCUAAACAUAAGCGACCUGAAGGCCAAUCAGACAGUCUUCCACACGAACAGAUUCCUUGCUAGCCCCACAGUCAAGUUCACGUCGACCAAUCAGCUUCGCAUUGCGAGCACGGGCAUUGCUUCAAUGCGAUUCUUCUACUACUCCACCAGCAACGAUUUGCCCAACGGCUGUGGUGGCGACAUCUCUAUGGGGGGUGGCUUUGGUAACUUGGCCAAUCCCCCCUACGACAAUCGGAACCACUCACUGUGCACCUGGCGUAUAUCAGUGCCAGCAGGCAGCAUCCUGAGGAUCAGUUUCACGAACUUCAACAUGGGCUCGGAGACCAAUUGUAAUCUGGAUAAUAUUAAAUUCUACAAGGUUCUGCCGGAUGCAAGCGAGGGCCUGGUGCAAACAUCCUGUGGAUCUACCAUUCCCGACGACUUUGACGUUGGCAGUAAUCGUGCCGUAAUCGUUGCCAAGAAGUCACCUAAUUUUGAUGGACUGGGAUUCCAGUUCUCAUUCACCCUCAAAAAUGUCAGUUAGACAAGGCAACUUAUUUCUUAGAUAUUGUAGAAUUUAUAAAUUUACUUUUGCAAGUAAUCAGUACAAAAAUACAUUAUGAAUUUAGUGCUGAGAUAACUAUUUGCACCAGCAAAGGAUAAAUUUCAUAAAUGCCUAAUGGGCCCUAUAAUUAUAA